CGAUCAUCGUCGCCACCAUCAUGCUUUAUCAACGAUGGUGGAGAUCCAACAUACCACCGGGACCAAAACCAAAGUUUCUGAUUGGGAACCUUCAUCAAAUGAAACCACUUUGGACGCAUUCUUUCUCGGAGUGGUCACAGACUUAUGGUCCUAUCAUAUCGGUGUGGAUAGGGUCACAGCUCACCGUUGUGGUCUCCAGCUCUGAUUUAGCCAGACAAGUGUUGAGAGACAAAGACCAUCAAUUGUCUAACAGACACAGGAUCGCGAGGAUGACUCAGACCGGUACUGAUCUUGUUUGGUCUGAUUACAGUCCACAUUAUGUCAAACUGAGGAAACUCUGUACACUCGAACUCUUCUCUCUGAAAAGCAUCGAGAAUUUCAGGUCGUUGAGAGAGAUGGAAGCAAGAUCGAUGGUUGUGUUGAUUCUGAAGGACUUAAUGAGCGAUUCAGGCGAUGGCCAGGCAAGAAAACCGGUGGUCGUGAGGAAGUACCUAGCUGCGGUUGUUUUGAACACCAUCUCAAGAUUAAUGAUCGGGAAAGAGUUCGGGUCUGAGGAAGGAAAGGAGUUUAAAUCAAUCGUUGAGAAAGAACAUCUUCUCAGUGGCUCAGGGACGAUUCUCGAUCACGUCUGGUGGCUCAAAUGGGUUUCGUCUUGGUUCAUCAGCGAUAAGGAAUUCUUAGCCCACAAGGAUCGCAGAACAAAGUGGUUUAGAGGAGCUAUAAUGGUGGAAGAAGAUGUAGCAAUAGAGGAUCACAGGGGCUUUGUUCGGAAAUUGUUAGUGUUGAAAGAGCAGAAAGAGCUAAGCGAAGAGACGGUUGGCGGACUAGUCUGGAACAUGUUAACCGCGGGUGCUGACACAACUGCAGUUGUUAUCGAAUGGGCUAUGGCAGAGAUGAUCAAAUGCCCGGCCGUGCAAGAAAAGGCGCAACAGGAGCUUGAUUCCGUGGUUGGAUCCGAAAGGUUAAUGUCUGAAUCAGAUAUCCCGAAACUGCCAUAUCUGCAAUGCGUGGUUAAAGAAGCUCUCCGUCUUCACCCGUCAACACCAUUAAUGCUUCCACACAAAGCAAGCGAAACAGUUUGGGUAGGUGGGUACAAGGUUCCUAAGGGCGCCACGGUUUAUGUCAAUGUGCAGGCGAUUGGGCGAGACCCUGCAAACUGGAUAAACCCGUAUGAGUUUAGACCAGAGCGGUUCCUUCAGGAGGAAACUGAUGUUAAAGGUCGAGACUUUAGGGUUCUUCCGUUCGGAUCAGGAAGACGGAUGUGUCCAGCGGCACAGCUCAGCAUGAACUUGAUGACAUUGGUGAUGGGAAAUUUGUUGCAUUGCUUCUCAUGGAGUUCCCCUAUUCCUGGAGAGAGGAUUGACAUGAGCGAGAAUCCUGGAUUGCUUUGUAACAUGAGGACUCCACUGCAGGCUCUAGCUUUGCCGAGAGCUGCAGCAAGAGUUAUACCUUUACCUUUAGAUUAACAUAGAUAAAUAAUCAGACACAUAAGAU